UCAAUAAGCAUCGGCCAUCAUAACCUCACAAAAUAGGUGUUUGCUUAUAAAUUGUUUGUCAUCAUGUCUGGAGUUGGGAACUAUUUAUCUGAGCAAAAGAAGACCACAAAUAAGGAGUUAGCCUCCGAGUGGACAGAAAUUGAGGAGCUCUACAACGAGAAGCUUUGGAAUGAGUUGACGAUAAAGUUGCAAACCUUUGUGAAGCAUCCCUCGUUGCAGAAUGAGGAGGCCCUCGUGCAGCUGUACCAGAACUUCUUGUCCACCUUCGAGACAAAAAUAAACCCGUAUGGAUUGGUGGAGAUUAUCUCCAUUGUCGUGGGGCACAUCUCGGACAAGAAAGAGGCUAACAACUUCCUGGAGAAGGUGAAGGAGAAGGUAAAGAUCUGCGAUGAGGCCGUGUGGCUGUGCAAAGUGUUGCAGGGCCAAAUCCAGCUGGAGCAUCUCAACGAUCUCGAGGCCACCAAGAAGAUAAUUGAGGAUCUGAAGGAGAUCUUGGAGGAGGCCGGGAAUGUGACUCCCGUGCACGGGAAGUACUACAUGCUGGCCAGCCAGUACUACCGACUCGUGGGACAGCACAGCGACUAUUACCGGGCGGGCUUGCAAUUCCUCGGCUGUUCGAUUGACGAAUUUCCGCUGGAUGACUGGCCGCAGCAGGCAUUCUUCCUCGGCUUGGCCGCUCUCCUGGGUGAGGGGAUUUACAACAUCGGCGAACUGCUGGCUCAUCCCAUCCUGCAAUCCCUCACUCACACGGAGAAUGACUGGCUGAUUGAUUUGCUGAAGGCAUUUAAUUCCGGAGACAUCAACAAAUUCGAGAGCAUGAAGCCCAAGUGGUCGAAGAUCGCCGACUUGGCGGCCCAGGAAGUGAAGCUGCGCCAGAAAAUCUCCCUCUUGUGCCUCAUGGAGAUGACCUUCAAGCGCCCGGCAAACCAGCGCACUCUCACGUUCGACGAGAUCGCCAAGGAGACGAAGCUGCCCCUGAACGAAGUGGAGAUCCUGGUGAUGAAGGCGUUGGCACAGGGCCUGGUCCGCGGACAUAUCGACCAAGUGGCCGGCGUGGUGAACAUGACGUGGGUGCAGCCGCGCGUGCUGGACAGGGCUCAGGUGGCUGCCAUGGCCUCCACCCUCGACACUUGGAUGCUCUCAAUCACGGAAAUGGAGAAGCUUAUCGAGAGCCGCGCCAACGAGAUCCUCACUAAUUGAUGCCCUUUUGUACUUCAAUCACGCGAAUAUAUUAUGUCCUGUGAGAGGAAGAACCGUAAGCAUUGAACAUCCAAUUAAUUAUCAAUACUUCUGCCUCUAAUUGCUCGCUCUUGAAUCAAAUUUGGGUUUACUAGGGAUUUAACGGUCGAUAUUCGAUUGUGUUGAUUAAUUGCAAGAGAGAAAGUAGAUGUGAAUUUUCAAUUACAAUGGGGGGAUUUUACGCUGAAUACCAAUUCACGGGAAAGGAAAUUGA